GAACUCUGGACAGAGUGCGACUCUUAGGAUGUGCCUGGGGACUGUGCUCCGCGGGGCUCAGAGGAAAUUUUGCGUGAAUAGGAGAAACGGUUCCAAGCAAACAGCCCUUACCAGCACAACUGUGUGACCAGGAGAAGGAAGCCUGAAGCCACAGGAACCACAGGGGAGACUGGGGAGAAGGUACCGUGGCGCUUGACGGUCAGACCUGCAGAGGGCGGAAAGGGUCGCAUCGGCGGGGACCGGAGCGCUUCUAAAGAGGUAUUUGCAGCUGUGCUUAGUGACUGCCUGGCUGGGAACUCACACUGGAAUUCUGUUCUGCAACAGCAAAGAGUGAAGGUCUCCCAAGAGAUGGAGUACGAUGCUUACAACGAUUCCGGCAGUUACAAUUAUGAUUACACAGACAUCUUCGACCCCAUUGUGGAUUUGGAGGAGGUGAAUCCACUAGAGGCCAAGGUGGCCCGUGUCUUCCUGGUGGUGAUCUACAGCGUAGUAUGCUUCCUUGGGAUCCUAGGCAAUGGCCUGGUGAUUGCCAUUGCCACAUUCAAGAUGAAGAAGACAGUGAACACUGUGUGGUUUGUCAACCUGGCCGUCGCUGAUUUCCUGUUCAACAUCUUCCUGCCCAUCCACAUCACCUAUGCCGCUAUGGAUUACCACUGGGUGUUUGGGAAGGCCGUGUGCAAGAUCAGCAGCUUUUUGCUCAGCCACAACAUGUACACCAGCGUCUUCCUGCUCACGGUUAUCAGCUUUGACCGCUGCAUCUCUGUGCUGCUUCCUGUCUGGUCCCAGAACCACCGCAGUGUCCGACUGGCCUACAUGACCUGUGUGGCCGUCUGGGUUCUGUCUUUCUUCUUGAGCUCCCCAUCUCUUGUCUUCCGGGACAUAAACAAUAUGCAUGGGAAAAUAACGUGCUUCAACAACUUCAGCUUGUCUGCCCCUGCGUCUUUCCCACACUCCACUCACUCCCAGGUGGAUCAUGUAGGGUUCAGCAGACAUGCGGUGGUCACUGUCACCCGCUUCCUUUGUGGCUUCCUGAUCCCCGUCUUUAUCAUCACCGCCUGUUAUCUCACCAUUGUUUUCAAGCUGCAGCGCAAUCGCCUGGCCAAGAACAAGAAGCCCUUCAAGAUCAUCAUCACCAUCAUCGUCACCUUCUUCGUCUGUUGGUGUCCUUACCACACACUCUACCUGCUCGAGCUCCACCACACGGCUGUACCGAGCUCUGUCUUCAGUCUGGGACUGCCUCUGGCCACUGCCAUUGCCAUCGCCAACAGCUGCAUGAACCCCAUUCUCUAUGUCUUCAUGGGCCACGACUUCAAGAAAUUCAAGGUGGCUCUUUUCUCCCGCUUGGUCAAUGCCCUGAGUGAAGACACAGGAGCCUCCUCCUACCCCAGUCACAGGAGCUUCACCAAGAUGUCCUCAUUGAAUGAGAAGCCUUCAGUGAAUGAGAAGGAGACCAGCGCACUUUGAGCCCUAUUGGCAAUGCCCCCAUGGGUGCCACAGCCCAGGGACACCCAGGGAUACCCAGGACUUGCCUCUUGAAGCAGGAGACAUGAUAGGAACCUUUCUGGUAUGCUCCAAUGCCCACUACAUUUUGUACAUGUGCUCAUGUUUUGAGUAGGAUUCCAGAGUGUGGGCAUGGACACUCUUCCAGCAAAAUGGAAGUCAAAUCAAUCUGAUCCUCUGGAGCAGGAAGAGUAGGGGACCAGCUUUGACUGACUCAGAAGAGAACAGGGUUCUCCAUCCGGGCACAUAAUUUCCUGUGCGUGCUGCAGAGUCUCUAGUGUGGGUGAAGAACUCAGCGCAAACCCAUUGCAGACCUGUUAGAGCCCACAGGGCAGUCAAGCCAGCAAGCCUCCCCUGCCACUGCCACCAUCCUCCAAGAACUUGACUUUGGAUUUCAGAUGAGCUGGGAAGACCAGGACCCGAGGGGCUGCAUGGAACCCUGCAAGGGCGAGGCCAGCUGUGGGUGGUGGUGGUGACAAAGAAAUGGAGGAGAGCAGAAACCCAAAGGAUGGAGGCACAGAACAUCAGCAGCAUGCCACAGGGAGAUGGUGCUCUAGUUUGUGGGUUCAGGUAGUGGCAGCCCUUUGCUUCUGUGCCUAUUGUAACCUGAGGCUGGUGGGGAGGAGUACAUCCUCGCCAAAGCUUCCUCUCCAUCUCAGGGUCUCUUCUCUCCUUCCCUAAUCCUCUCAGCUCUGGCUGGAAGGUCUUAGAAUACACCUCCCUGGGUGGAGGGUGGAGGGUAGAGGGAGGAAGGUGAGGAUGCCAUCUCUCCCAUCCAUCCAUCCUCUUUAAGCUUCCUGGAGACUAGAGAGUGGAGUUUUGAGACUCCAGGCUCAGAGCAUCCCCCAAAGCUGUCUCUGGGGGCUCUGCUGUGAAGCUGAUGAGCUAACUGACUCCUCCUUGAAUCACGCUCCCCAGGGGAGGCGGCACAGCCUUGGGAGCAGCCCAUGGAUGGACUUUCUUCCCCAAAUCAGACACUUUCUCCUGGCAGGGAAGUCAAGACUUGAGGAAGAGAAAUGACUCACUCAACACUCUUAGUGACAGACCUGAGCCCAGCUCUGCCUGGCUGCCUUCAUCCCUACACUGAGGAUUUGAUACCCUGUAUUAUUUAAACAUAUUAAACUUAAAACAUUUAC